AUGGGAGAUUUUUUUGUUCUCUCAAUUAUACUAUUAGAUUAUUCUGAUUUUUGGACUUUUGAUUUUGAUAUUUCUAAUUUAAUUGUUUUCUCCCCAAUAAUACCUGAUGAACUGGUGGAGCAUUACUUAGCAAAGAGCGGCUUUCAAUGUUCUGAUGUUAGAUUAAUUAGGGUGGUAGCAGUUGCCACACAGAAGUUUGUUUCGGAAGUUGCAAAUGACGCCCUUCAGCAAUGCAAGGCAAGGCAGGCAGCAUUUGUCAUGGACAAAAGGGAGAAGCAACAGAAGGAUAAACGUUUAAUCUUGACAAUGGAAGAUCUUUCAAAGGCAUUACAAGAACACGGCGUCAACGUGAAACAACAGGAGUAUUUUGCUGAUAGUCUAUCAACUGGGAUGGAUCCUGCUUCAAGAGAUGAAUGA